AUGAUCGGAGUAGAGGCGGCAGGUUCAGGUAACCUCGUUAUGGGUUAUUGUGUGAUUUCUGGGAUGAGAUGUUGCGUGUUAUAUGAUUCUAGAGCGACAUACUCCUUUGUGUCAGAUGCUUGUGUGAAAAAGUUGGGUCUGCCGGUGUGUGAGCUGCAGUGUGAACUUGUGGUAUCUACUCCGACAUCAGGUUUGGGAUGGAUUGACUCUCUGCCACUGUAUCCUUAUAGACUGCCGGGAGAAGAGGUUGUUGUUUCCCGAUUCAGAGGAGCUCGAGUUGGUGUCUCCUCAGGGGAUAGUGAGGGAGAUUCAGAGUGGCGCGCAAUGCUUCAUAAUCUUCACUCGUAUGAAAUUAGAGGAGAGAGAGGGACCAUCAAUAUACCUGUGGUGCAUGAGUUUGAGGACGUGUUUCCGGAUGAAGUACCUUGGUUACCUCCCAAUAGGGAGGUGGAGUUCUCUAUUGACCUACUACCGGGGACAUGUCCGGUAUCGAUGGCUCCAUACCGCAUGUCUCCGGCAGAGUUAGUGGAACUUAAGAAACAGAUAGAGGAACUGAUGGCGAAGCAGUUUAUCUGA